UUGACAUGUAGCUUUGUUAUUAAACGGUCCCUAUUUUUAUUUAUUUGACUUCUGAUUAAAAUUCCAAAUGCAAUGAAAUCGUAGGGACAGUUAAUUAAGAUUACCUUUUGUACAUUUUGAUUACAUUUUCGCUAACAGUUCGGUCCUAAAUUAAUGUAAAUUUUGUUAACAAUUAAUACAUCUACAUUAUUAAUUAAGACUAAGUUACGAAAACACAAAUGCACCGUAACAGGAACACCGAUUAAAUUAAGAGAAUAUAUGAAACCAAAUAUGAGUACAAUCUAUGGAUUAACCGCAAAUUGGCAAUUACAUAAGAAGUCAUGAGCCUAAAAUGAAUUUCUCAUCUAAAUAUGUUUUCAACUGUCUAUUUUUUCGACCCUGGUUAGGCGUCCCAUUGGGUAUAUGGGUCGCAGUUUCCGUUGUUUACUACUGGUGGUUGAUAUCUAGAAUAGAUGUACUUGAAACAGAAAAUAAAGUUAUCAAAAAACAGCUAUCUGUGAGUGGGAUUCGUGAUUUUUCAGAAUCUGAUAACAAAUACUAUGUUCCUGAGAUUCCAGAUGCAGUGGGAACAUUAUGUGAAACAGUACACAUCGCUCUAGUCUGUAUGGGGAAAUGUACAAGGAUCAUCACACCAAUGUUAAAAUCGUUACUACACCAUCGCCAGAACCCAGUACACUUUCAUUUCAUUGUGGGUUCGGGAUCAGCACAAACCAUCACCAAGCUUUUCGAUUCAUGGGAUCUACCGGAUGUUAAAUACACAUGUUACAACACGGAGAACCGUCUCUCAGAAGUGCGUUGGAUACCUAACAGUCACUACUCUGGUAUAUAUGCCCUGGUCAAGCUGCUGUUCCCAAGUAUUCUACCUGAAUCAUUGAAACAAGUCAUCGUACUGGAUUCCGAUUUAACAUUCCUCAGUGAUAUUGUUGAACUGUGGAAUAUGUUUCAUAACAUGACGGAUGACCAAUACAUAGGCCUAGUUGAAAAUGAAAGUAAUUGGUACUCCAACACAGAGACACGCUGGCCAGCGUUAGGGCGAGGCUUCAAUACGGGUGUCAUGUUGCUAGAUUUGUACAAAAUUAGACGCAAAAUCGACUGGACGUCAAUAUGGCGUAGCACGGUCAAAGAAAACUUGGAAAGGCUUAAGGAGACGACGUUGGCCGAUCAGGAUGUCAUAAACGCAAUUAUAAAAAAAUAUCCAAAAAUAUUGUACACUAUAAACUGUCAGUACAAUGUCCAAAUGUCAAUGCAGACUCUAGCAAAGUCGUGCUACGGCGAAGAUGUGAAGACUGUUAAGAUAAUUCAUUGGAACUCCCCAAGCAAGUAUAACGUUCGGAUACGUGAUUCGGAAUAUUUUAAAAACAUACAUCAGUCAUAUGUAAAUUUUGAUGGUAAUUUGCUACGAGAAAAGCUUCAUAGAUGUUCACAGAACGAAGUUGUUACUUAUAAGAUGAAUCAUUCCGACCUUUGCCUUAGUUUCCGCGCGGCACAACGCAUUAAGCUUCGCACGCACUUGUACUAUAUGGACUAUAACUAUAUCAACGUAGACAGCUUCGACGUGACGCUGGUCCUUCAACUGUCUAUGGAUAGACUUCAGUUUCUGGAGAGGCUUGUCAAGCAUUGGGAUGGUCCAUUAAGCGCAGCAAUAUAUCUAUCGGACUGCGAAGUAACAAAAUUAGAAAGUUUUAUCCGAGAUUGGUCUUCAACCCUCAGUUCUAGAAACAAUAUCGGCUACCAUUUAGUUUUUAAACAUGACUCGGUACAUUACCCAGUGAACUAUCUCCGUAACAUUGCGUUGGAAAACGUAAACACCCCAUAUGUUUUCUUGAUGGACGUGGACUUCGUGCCGAUGGCAGGUCUCUACGAACACCUGAGGACCGCAACUAAGCUUAUUAACCCUUAUCCGCAGAAAAAGUGUUUAGUAGUACCGGCGUUUGAAACCCAAAGAUACCGCGCAUCUCCACCAAGAUAUAAGGAGGAACUUUUAUCUCGCCUGUCGACUUCUAAUAGCCACGGUGAUGUUGGUCAGUUUCGGGCCAGGGAAUGGCCCAGGGGACAUAGGGCCACUAACUACUUGAAAUGGACCACAGCAACUGCGCCAUAUGAGAUAGAAUGGCAGUCGGAUUACGAGCCAUACUUAGUUGUUCACCGUACCGUGCCUAAAUACGACACGCGGUUUUCUGGCUUCGGUUGGAAUAAGGUGUCGCACAGCGUGGAGCUGCGCGCGCGGGGCUGGCGCGCCGUGGUGCUGCCGGGCGCCUUCGUGGUGCACACGCCGCACGCGCCCUCGCCCGACAUCACGGCCUUCCGCGCCGACCCGCACUACCGCAUAUGCCUGGCCCUGCUCAAACAAGAGUUCAUGGAUGAUCUGAAGAGGAAGUACAACGUGUCACUCGAAGAUAGUAAAACGUAAAUUAUAUUAAAAAACCAAAGAAUAUUAUCAUUUAAACCGAGGAGGCUAUGCUGGAGACUAACUAUUUAGUAAAUUCACUAAUAUAUAUAACGCGAUUAUUUAAAAGAUACGCUUAGAUCUAUACUGGUACGUAAGGAAUUAUUCCAGUGAAAGUUCAAAGCUAUUUAACCAAAGAGCGAUUAGACGUUAUCAAG